AUGCCAGCCGCCGUGCUCGCAGCAGAGACGGCGCUCGCGUCCUUUGAGGCGCUUGAAGUUAAGGAAGCGGCGGCGGGCGCUGCCAGCGGCCUGGCAGCCGCCGUGCUCGCGGCGGAGACGGCGCUCGCGUCCUUCGAGGCCCUGGAGGUUGAGGAGGCGGCGGCGACGGCGGGGGCUGCAGGCGGCCUGGCAGCCGCCGUGCUCGCGGCGGAGACGGCGCUCGCGUCCUUCGAGGCCCUGGAGGUUGAGGAGGCUGCGGAGACGGCGCUCGCGUCCUUUGAGGCCUUUGAGGUUGAUGAGGCGGCGGCGACGGAGGGGUGCCGCCAUGGGCUGAGCCGGUUGUGA